AUGAAAGUGUUGUCCAUUUUGGCGCUGACUCUGGCGGUCGUAUCGGCUAAAACGCCGGCUGUUAAGCUGAACACCGGCUAUGAGAUGCCGCAGAUAGGUAUAGGCACUUGGCAGGCUACCGGUGACCCCGUACGACAGGCCGUUAAGGACGCCCUGGCCAUCGGCUACAGACACGUCGACACCGCCUGGAUCUACAAGAACGAGAAGGAGGUGGGAGAGGGUAUUCACGCCCAGAUCGGCGCCGGUAUCCUCAAGCGGGAGGACCUGUUCAUCACAACUAAGGUGUGGCCGGACGGCAGUAACCGGAAGAAGGCGUUGGAGACUAUCCACCACUCGCUCACUGAAUUGAACGUCACUUAUUUGGACUUAGUUUUAGUCCAUUUCCCUCACGAUAACUACUCCGACACUUAUCAGGGUCUGGAGGACGCCUUCGAGCAGAAGUUGGUCCGAUCUAUAGGUAUCUCAAACUUCGGUCGAAACGAAAUCAAUACUCUGAAGAAGACGUGGAAAGUGGUGCCCGCAGUCAACCAAAUCAAUCUCCACCCGACCCUUAACCAGGACGACACCGUUGCCUAUUGUAAUGAA